GCAGAUGGUCUUCUAUCUUUGCGUGCGAAGAAUGGUUUCACGAAGCUCGGCUGUGGCGCGAACUGCCCGUGGUGGUGAAGAAGGCGCUGGUUGAGUUUGACACCCAUGUGAAACGGGUGCGCAAGCUGCUCGGCAAGACGAAAAAACAGAAGGCGAAUGCAGACUUGGUGGAAUUGGCGUCGACAUUCGAAGAGGAUGCGAAACACUUCCAGGAGCGCAAGGGCAAGUUCCAGAAGGCGACCAUCGCUGGCUUGCAAUCAAUGAAGUUUUGGUCAUCAUACGUCGUCUCGCACGCGUCCAGAUGGGGCGCCGAACAUUUUUCCAGAUGGCUCAGGAAAAAGCAGGAAGGAGGUUCGCAAUCGGGGAUGCUCGUCGAACUCAUUGGGUUCAAGGGCAAGCAGAUCUACGAGGGCAUCGCGCGCUUGCUCGACGAGGAGUCGUUCGUCGAGGCAGCGGGCGCGGGCGGCGCGGGGCUGGCGACGGGGCAGGUGUGGCUGACCCCGCUGGAGGAGGUCCUGAGUGCACCGAACCUCAAUGAUGACGGCGCGGGCUCGCUGGAAGAGCUCUUUUGCGAGGCGGUCUCUUCGGCGCUGGAGCAGCACGCCGAGUUCUAUCGGCGCGUCGUGCAGCCAUACUGCCAGCAGUACCCUUUCCGACUGUUUUACAUGGUUGUUUCGCCUGCCGACGCCAGGUGCGAGCGGAGGGGGCGCAUCGCCCAUGAGCUGCUCACGGACGCUGGGAUCGUCGACGACACGACCAUGAAGUUCAGGGCGGCGUUCGAGGCGGAAUUGAAGCAGGCAUCAGCUGACGGGACUCUCUGCAGUCGCUGCUGGACGCUGCUUGCCGACGCCGCGUCCAUCCUGAAGAUGUCCGUCCGCGACAUCGAGGGGUGCAAUUCGAUACUUAAGUGGAUGGGCAAAGUGGCGCCCAGCAUCAAGCUAAAACUCAUGUCGAGCAGGCUUACACUCAAGAAAACGUUGGGCAUCAUUGGCGGGGACCAAUCCUCCAGGACUGCUCGGCGAGAUGCAAAGGAGAGGCGCGAUCAGCUGAUCGAGGAUAUGGCGGAGGGCCACGUCGCCACCAUGGCAUUCUGCAAAUCCUUGGAGGACAGGCUCAAGGGCGCGGCCAGCGGCUCCGUCGACGCCGACAGCUACGACGCCAUACCGCUGGCGCUGGCAGCGUUUCACUCCAACGCCGUCGAGGCCGAGGCCCUCGCCGUCGAGGAUGGCCCAGUGGGCGGCCAGUCUGACGACGACGCUCUCGCUAUCAUGGAUAUGGAUUCGGACGCGGAGUUCGUGGCUGCUGAUUGCGGCGGGCACCGAGAUGAUCCACGUGGCGGGGCUGCUGCUGGGGCUGGAGGAUCCAACUCAGAUCGCGGCGGGGAGGACGACUGGGGCGACGACGACGGCCUCGAGCUCCAACUGCACGGCGGCGACAUGAUGGACCAUGCGCCUGAUCCGCGUUUUCCCCAGAACAUUCUCGACCGAUGCGCGGCGAUAUUGCUGAGCAUGCGGAAGUCAUUCGAGUCUACCGUCGGUGCGAGCUUUGGCCCAUCGUCUGCCUACGCAGUGAUUGUGAAGCACAAGUUUGGCGAUGAGGGCGAAGACGUCGAAGAGUGGUUUCUCGUCAGCAGCAAGGUCGGGAGAGCGACCUUUUGGAUCGCACCGCUGUGCCAGAACUUUGAUGCUGUCAGCCCUGGCGGGCUGGGCGUCGUCAGGUUGCAGAGGCCGAUUGCGCAUCGCAAAUUCCACUGGGUAGUUGGGCAUCUGAUCCAGCAGGCAGGGUCCCGCGGCCUCGAGGUCCACUUGAGCUUCCAGGCGGCGCAGCUCAAGUGGGACAACACGUUCCAGGCAUCAGUCGUGGAUGGUUUCCAGCUGCAAUGCGCCAAGGCACGUAAAAGGUUGAAAAAGGUAGAUGAAGAGGCGGUCACGAAGUAUCUCGUCUCCCUGGACCCUGGCGAGAGGGAGGACUUGGAGGCUGGAUGCGGUGGCCACGACACUAGCAUCGAGGAAGUCGUCGAGGCAGCGAAGGUGCGCAUGGAGAUGGGGGGAGACGAAGCCGAGGGCGAUGCCGCGUCCGCCAGGGACAGCUACAACGGGCUCAAGAGCCUUCUGGGGUCUUUGAUGUCUGGCGGUCACGUCGUGCCUGAACCAACGAACAAGUGCGUGUCCCUCUUCUCCGUGGCCAGCGUGGUAGCAGGGGCGCUUGCGACCUCGCUGGACUGGUGGUACUGGGAGGACGUCGACCUCGGAGAGGGGCGAUGGAACCCUGGGGGUUCGGAGUAA